AUGGGGUGGGGGGGGGGGGGUUUGGGGGGUGUAUGUGGAGGGGGGAAUGGGAUGGUGGAAAAUGUAUGGGAAUGGGUUGGAAGGGGGGGGGUUUUGUGUAGGUUGGAGUUGGGGGGUUUGUGUGGGUUGUUAGGGGGUGGGGUAGUUGGGAUAUGGGGGGGGAUUUGGGGGGGGGGUGUAUGUGGGGUGGGGGGGUGGGGGGGGGUUGAUAGUGGGUGUGGGUUGGUGGGUAUGGGGGGGGUGUGGGGUGGGGGUUGGGGGUGUUUGUUGGGGGGUAAGUUGUGUUUGAUAAUGGGUGUUGGGGUUGGUUUGGUUGUGGAUGUUAUUUUGGGUAAUUGGGGGGUGAACAUGAUUGUCCUGGGGAAACACCUGGGCAUCCCGAAGCCGUUUGGGCCGAAAGUGAAUGGGACGUGUGCCCUGGAGCAGGAGAUGGUCUCUCUGAUGGGGGGCCUGGGCCUGAGCUGCACUUUCAUAGAUGAUUUCGCCUCUUACCACAAACAACACGGAGAAGUGCACUGCGGAUCUAAUGUCCGCCGAGCUCCCUUUGAGUUCAAAUGGUGGAACAUAGAAAUGUGA